AGAGAUGGGGAGGGCGCCAUGUUGCGACAAAGCGAACGUGAAGAAGGGGCCGUGGUCGCCCGAGGAGGACGCGAAGCUCAAGGCUUAUAUUGAAGAACAUGGGACUGGUGGAAAUUGGAUUGCACUGCCUCAGAAGAUUGGGUUAAAGAGGUGUGGGAAGAGUUGCAGGUUGAGAUGGUUGAACUAUCUGAGGCCGAAUAUAAAGCAUGGUGGUUUCUCCGAAGAAGAGGAUCGAAUUAUAUGUAGCCUCUACAUAAGUAUUGGGAGCAGGUGGUCGAUAAUUGCAGCACAAUUACCAGGGCGAACCGACAAUGAUAUCAAGAACUAUUGGAAUACAAGGCUGAAGAAGAAACUAUUAGGAAAGCGAAGAGAAUCGACGCACUCUCGAAGUCUCCCCGUUAACCAAGAACGCAGUGAGGAAGGUGUUACGGGGAACAACGAAGGGCCUUCGCAAACCCUAAGCGCAUCGGCCCUCGAAAGAAUGCAACUCCACAUGAAGCUUCAAGGCCUAUACAGCCCCUUCUCCUUCUACAACAAUCCCGCACUGUGGCCACCAAAACUCGGUGCUACGAAUGAGAUCGCGACGAAUCCAACGCAGCAGUUAUCCAACUGCAAUGCUUUUGUGUCAGCUAAUCAAACUAUGGCAGGAAACAAAGUCGAAAUGCCUCGCGAUAUUAGUCCAUACAUGCAGGAACAUGUUGACAUCUCCAAACUAGGGUUCCCUACGAGCACCAACAACGUCAGCAUCGAUAACUCGAACUCGAACUUCUUGAGCACUCCCAAUAUCAUAGGGCUCGAGGCCGAGCUACAAGACCUGUGGGACGUCGAGGAAGAGAGCUUAGAAGCGCAAGAGGAGCAUAGAACGACGGAAUUAGACUGUUUCGAAGAAGCAAACGGAAGUAAAGAGAGUAUGAAUUGGUGGGACAACAUUAAUGGCUCCGCUCUCCACUCCGAUUCGAUGCUUCAAGAUGUUCUAGGGUAUGACUUAUAGCCAUGCAAAUGGAAUUAGUUGAGAAUUUUAAGCUUUGAUAAAAGAGGUUCAAUCUAUGUCAUAAAAUGAUGCUGUUGAUAUGUGAAUAAUAGUACAGUAUGCUUGUUGCCAGUAGCUUAA